AUGGAGUUCGAACAGCUCCAUUUGAAAACUGUAGAAUUAUUGGCCUCGAAGGCUUCUGUCUACGGCCUGCCUAGUGAGAACGAUGACGUUAACGAAGCUGAAGAGUACAGAUGCGUUACUGGAGACUCAGUUCUGGCGAGUGCUUUGUGUUCAGCUAUCCGUGAUGCUCGCAAUAUGGAGCUCCCACUUGUAGAAAAGCAAGAAGCGCCAGAAGUAGUAGCUCUGCGAGCAAAUAUGCAGCGUUUGCGGCUUCUGAAGGAACGCAUGAGCGUUUGCAAAAAUACCAUGGCUGAACUCCGCGCAUCAUAUGCUAGUGUUACGGCAAGGACAUCUAGUCUUCACGACGCUUGUGAUCGUGCAUUGGCAUACCAGACUGCACUUGCGGCUGGCGCUGAACAAAUCCGAACCAAUUUACACUUCUUCAAGCAAGCCGAUAUAAUUAUGAAGAAGUUGAAUAAUACCACCAAAAUAUCUCUCACUGGGCAAAUGUUUACUGGUAUCCUUGCCACAAUCGACGAGUGCCUUACAUUCCUUCGUCAGCAUCCUGAGUACAAAGAAUCAUCUGCUUAUAUUGUUAAAUAUGAACAGUGUCUUAGUAGAGCUAUGACGUGGAUACGUGUUGGUGUUAUGGCUGACAUCGAAGCUUCGGUGAAUGAUGUUAGAGAUAGACAAUCUCAACUGCAGGUUGAUUACGCCAAAUUAGGACGUGGUGGUGCUGAUGAUGACACAUUCGCACUGCUAUAUGGUGUAUUUGCUACUCGAGCAAAUUCUGUGAAGGCGGCGCUAUCGGUAGCCGAACAACGAUUUUCGCAAGUUCCAGAGCUGAAGGCAAUGCUUGCUGAGUGUCAGCAAGCGUACUUCAAUACGAGACAGCAACUACUUACUCCUAUAAUACAAGCAACUCUAGCUUAUAUGGCGAGUACUUAUGCUGAUUCUUCAUGUGCAUUAACGCGCAGUGGUUGCUCUUUCAUCUUGGGUUUGUGUGAUGACGAAUUCCGGCUAUAUAGACAGUUUUUUUCAACGGGUCAGGUAUCAGGUGGUCCGCCCUCCCGUUUUGGACGACAAAAUAGUUCCAGCCAAUCUAUUGUUUCGACACGUCAGCAGCAAGCAGAUUCCUUGCAUCCCUUCGAAGAAUUUAUUGAAGCGAUUUGUCGCCUGUUGUAUGAUAUGUUACGCCCUAUCGUUAUACACAAUCCUCAUUUAGAAACGCUUGCUGAGAUAUGUACCAUUCUCAAGGUCGAAAUGAUUGAAGAAAGGUGCUCAGUUGUGCCAGCAGUUGUUGCUGAAGAGUGUACGUCGUUUGAUCCUAGAGCAGGGUUUGUGCACGUUAUUGGAGAGCUUGUGGGCGAUGUAGCUGAGCGGAUCGUGUACAGGGCCGUCUUAUAUGGACAGACAGAUAUUGCUGGUUACAAACCCGCCUCAGGAGAUCUUGCGUAUCCGGAAAAGUUGGAAAUGAUGAAGAGUAUUGAAAUGGAAAACCAGAAGAAAGAAGAGAUAGAGUUUUCUGAGAACCAAGAAACAGGAAGAGUGCGGAAGGAUUCUUCAUCUGCUCGUCCCAGUCCCGCGCCCAUCUCAGCGGUCGACCUUCACUGUUUGUGGUACCCUACCGUACGGCGUACAGUGAUGUGUUUGGCUAAGUUGUACAGGUGUCUCGAUGUGGCAGUGUUCCAGUCGUUAGCACGUGAUUUGCUAAGCAUGUGUUGUGAGUCCUUGGAGGAAGCUGCUUUGCAUAUCUCCACAUCACCAUCUAAAAAGGCCGGCCAUACGAAAAACUUGGACGGAGAAUUGUUUCUUGUCAAACACUUGCUUAUUCUGAGGGAGCAAACAACACCGUAUAGGCAGGCUGCUCAUAGAGCAGACGCCACAUUGCCCAUGUUGGAUUGUUCAAUCGAUUUCACUAAAAUGAAAAGCUCUCUGUUUGAUGAUAAAAGCCGUUGGUUUGAGUUAAGUUCCAACAACGCUUUCCUCGAGCUCCUUUUUUCGGUUCCGAUUCAUGUUUCUGAACAAAGUGGUGAUACUCGUCGUAUCAUUGACAUUCAACUUCGCACCCGUUGUAAUCAGUUGAUUGCUACCAGCGCCAAUGUCGUCGUUGGUCAAUUAUUGAAAUGGGUAGAUAAAGCGGAAGACGAGUUAUUAAAACCUGACUUCGAUCUCAAGCAACACCCAGAUCUCUCGCCUGCGAAUCUCAGUGACCUGGCGAAGGUGGCAGUGAAGGCAUUGUCACAUGCAUGGCCUGAGCUUUGUGCGACGUACUCGUUAUACAUUGGAGUUCCCGAAACUGAAGCAAUUUUACUGUCACCAGUUCGUAAACGAAUAGCCGACACUUUCGCCAGAGCUUUGUCGUUUGCUGCAAGAGCGUACGACGAAGAAGGGAGAAGUAUUGCUGCGCUUCCAACUGUACAACACGUGUAUCUCAUCCUCAAUAAGGAGUGA